UUUUAACUGAGGUGGUGUAACAAUCUCAGUAUUUGGAUGUUAGAAGUUUGUAUUUUUAAUUUUUGAGUAGUCUUAGAUAUUUCUAUAUUUGGAUUCAAGCCAAAGACCAACCAAAUGUCAGCUUAAUUGAAUUGGAUGGAUGUAACCAUAAGCUUAAAAAUGAAACAGAAACUUGAAAGUAGAAGUAUUAGCCAAGCCUUAUUUAUAGGCCCAGAUUGACCUUGGAAGUUGUAAAAAACAAAACUAAGACUACCCUAUUCAGAGACAAUGGGAAAGUGCAGUGGAAAAUCUGUAACAAAGUUUUUGCCUGCAUUGUGUGCAUGGACUCUGCUUCUUUCUGCUACAGCUCUCUUCUUUGUUUUUCCCUGCCCCUAUCUAACCAUCAAGUAUCACAUAGCAAUACCAAUUAUCCAAGGAGUGGUUACUUUAUUUGUUUUGGCUAACUUCUCUCUUGCAACAUUCUUGGAUCCAGGAGUCAUUCCUAAAGCUACUCCAGAUGAAGACAAAGAUGAUUUUCGUCAGCCUCUUUAUAAAAAUGUGGAAAUAAAUGGUGUUACAGUUCGGAUGAAAUGGUGUGUGACCUGCCAGUUUUACCGACCACCUCGUUGUUCUCACUGUAGUGUUUGUAAUACAUGUAUAGAGACAUUUGACCACCAUUGCCCAUGGGUGAACAAUUGCAUAGGACGACGCAAUUAUCGCUAUUUCUUCAUGUUCCUUGUUUUCCUCAGUUUCCACAUCAUUUCCAUUUUCACUUUGUCAGCUGUUUUCAUCCUGGAUCAUAAUGACUCACUAAAAUCCACACCUUCCAUUGUUACAUUUGUCAUAAUGGGAAUCAUUAUUCUUGUAUUUAUCCCAAUUCUUGGUUUGACAGGUUUCCACUUUGUCUUAGUAUCUAGAGGAAGGACCACAAAUGAACAGGUCACAGGAAAAUUUCGAGGAGGCUACAACCCAUUUUCUAAAGGAUGCUACAAGAAUGUAUGCUUCACUCUUUGUGGACCACAAUAUCCUAGGAACUUUCAAAGUACUUAUUUCAAGAAGUUGAACAGAGUAAUCAGACUGCACUUAGAUUCAGUGAAAAUGUUUAUGCAGACAACAGGAUGUGGACUUUAUCGCCUUAAAUACAAGAAGCAGAAGUUAAGACAACCUUGUACAUUAGCUGGACAAACACCUUCAGUAUCAGCCCAGAUGACAGACAACCAAGUGAGGAUUUACAUGGAUAGUAACACUGGUGUUCAGACCUACUCAAAUGUUAAUAACUAUAACCAGCUUUGUCCUGGUUUUGCUGAAAUUCCAGAUAUAGACCUUUCAAUUGAUGCCACCCAGAGUCAGUCUCGAGACUGUGAACCCUCACCUCCACUACCUUGUCAGGAAUCCACUGCAAGUUACUUCAGGAACCAACCACGAGAUUGUGAAUGUAUUUCUCCACCAUCCCAUCAAAAUUCCACUACUAAGUACAUAAGAAGUCAAUCUGAAGAUGUUACAUCUCCUUCACUGUCCCUUCAAAGAUCUAAUAUGAGCCACAAAAGUCAGUUUCAAGGUUGCGAAUCAUCAUCUCUUCAACUUAAACAGGUCUCAGAUACAACUUGUUUGACAAAGACACCUGUAAGCAACAAUUGUCACCAGUUUCUAGAUAGAAAUUUUCAAUCUCCUAGGUCCAGCAGGACCCAGAUCAGGCAGACUCCUCCUCGUAGUCAAACUAGUCCUUCAGUGGGAUAUCCAAAUAUUCUCAACCAAGCUUCUAGUCUUAAUUCUUAUCGUGGAGCUUUUGCCUCAGGAAACUUCAAAACUAAACGUAAAUUUGUAUCUGAAAGUGAGCUGAUACAAGUGUUGGGAAACCACUGGGAAAGCAGUUUCCACAAUUUAACCAAUCAGUCAAUCCUGACAAAUCUUUUGACAGAGAAUGUCCACAGAAUCUAUUAUCAUUCCAGGCAGGAGAACCAUUCAGAACUCAUUUUCAGUCACGUGGGAAAAAAACAACAUUUAUAUCCUGAGAAAAACAACAGCCCAAGAAAUGGGCAUCUUGAGAGCAACUUUCCGCACUCCAAGUGUACUAGUAGCCACAGUUCAGAUGUUGAUCAUAAUAGUCUUAACUCCUCCGACCAAAACAGGCAUCCUUCAGUAGACCUGAACAGACCAGUGUCUUUUAUUAAAGCUCUAGAAUUUUCUGAAACACAGGAAGGAGGAAGAGGACAAGGCACUCCACGUUUGGAACAGCGGCACCCUUUAAACAAUCAUCAAGAAUUUCCUCAGUCAGCUGCUUCUGAACGGAACACUUUUUAUGAAAUGAACUAUGAGAUCUCUGUUUAGAACCUUACUAUCUUAUUCUUCCUUUCUAGCCAGCUGUGAUACUUGUUGAGAUCCCUCUAUAUAAGUAGAUCUAAUUAAACAGAUACAGUACCUACUACACAUUUGAUACUAUAAUUAUGUACUUCUACUGCACUUAGCUUGAACAUGUUAUCUACAGAGUAACUAUGUUUUUCAAUGCAGUUUAUUAUUUUUCUCUUGCAUAUUUAAUCCCACAACAAACGUAAUAUUUAAUAAAGGCUUGUAUUUUUCAUAUAACCAUGUUAUUGACAAGUAUUUUAACUUGUAGUGCAUAUGUGAAUUUUUAUAGCCAAAAUAUGAUAAGUAACUGAAAGCACUAGAGAAGAUGUUAAAAGUGAAACAAGUUUGAAAAUUGAUGCUGCUCAUCUGUAAAAGUUUUAGCUCUCCUGCCUGCAUACUUGCCAUUGCUGUACUUUUCAGAAAAAAAACAGUUUGCUUUUUUUUGGUUUACACCAAAGUAUUUUGUUUAGCAUAGAUAGCAGACUACUUCAAUAGAUUAUGUCUGAUUCAACAUUCUAAAAUAAUUUAUCCUUACUGUUGCAGUACAGAUUAUGCGUAUGCUGUGGAUCAUGUAUUCUUGUCAUUUUAGUUGAUAUGUGAUUCUCACAAAUUGAUCUGAGCUGACAGUAUGUUUUUUGUAGCAGGUUUAAUUUCUAUAUAUUAAAGCUGUAUUUACCAGGUUCUCACUUGAACAGCCUAAUAUUUUUUAUGUUUAUGAAAUGUGUUCUGUAUAGUAGGUGUUAAUAAUAUAUAUAUAUAGUAACUUUUACUUGAACAUUCCAAAUAUAUCUGACAUCAACAUGCAAGUUUUAUGUAGCCAGUAUUAUUAUUACAUUCAUCAAUGUGGUCCAGCAAGUUACAUUUUUGUUUCAAUCUGUAACUGGGCAUCUAAUGUUUAGUUUUAUCAUUUUAUACAGUGUAUAUUUUGUUUUAUUGUUUAGUUCUAUUUUCCUUCUGGUUUAUUCUAGCCAUAAAGGGUUAACUGAAGAGCACAGAGUUUUCAUUGCUAGUCAUAACAUCUCACAUUUAAUGUUUGUGAUUAUAUAUUCAGCUAAUUCAGGAUUUAAUGUAUAGUGUGAAAUAGGCAAGUUAUUGGUUGGAUUGAAACAUAAAGGCUUCUUGGUGUUAAGUUUAAAAUAUUAAUUAGUAAGAAUGCAUGAGUGUAAGGCUAUUUCCAGUUAUAUAUAUCAUGCUUGGCAUGAUAUUUUGUGGCUAGCAUAGCCUUUUAAUGCCUAUAACAGUUCUAGUCUAGUGCUUUGUAUGACAUAUAUAAUAGUACCAUUAUAGGUGUGGACUAGUACAUUAUCUAGAUAUCUUAAUUGUCAUAGUAUAUUAUAUGGAAUACAUUAUAACAAAUUUCAUAUUAUGCUAUGUAUCAGACGUUUAAGUAACAUCACAGAUUUAGAUUUUUAUGCCAUGGUGUAAUGUGUAAAGAGAUGUUACCUCAAAGUUCUUGAUGUUGUAAUAUUUAUAAUUAUAGGAAAAACUGUUCUGGCCCAUUACAAAUUUCAGUGUUUUUGUUUUUUAUAGUAAGCUUGGACCAUUGAUAUGUAAGUCACAGUGUUACAUUUUCCACAGUUGGUAUCUUUUAACAAUUAAAAAUAUUUCUUACAUAAUCAAAGGAUAUUUUGUACAUAACUGGUGCUGCACAACAUGUGUUGCAUUAACCAGUAAACAAGUAAGGAUGUUGUGGUAUUUACUACAUAAUAGAUAAUAAAUAUUUAACUCGCAAAAUCAUAGGGUCAACUUCAUUUCUCUCAGUUUUAUAAUCAAAACUUUUACUUGUACAGAUCCACCUAAAAUGUCCUUAUACAUUUAUUCAUCUAAAUAUUUAGUGUAAAGCUCAGUGAUUUAACAAUGAUUUUAUUUAAUUGGUGUAUCAGUUUGUUAAAUUAUUCUUAAAUAUUGUUGUGAUAUUGCUUAGAAACAUGUUAAUAGAGUGUUGAUAAUCCAGCCAAUUGUCAGAAAAGCCAAAGGUGUGUUAGACUACUUAAAAUUGACCAAAUUUCCUCCAGACACUAUAGUGUACCUGAUGUUAAUUUACUUCAGGUGGAGAUAGAUAUCAGUUUAUUUCCAUCUCAAAAAUCCUUACAAAAGCUUUUGAUGAAGUUUAUUAACUUAUUUGACAAAGUCAGUUUUAGAAGUGGCGAUAUUAUUUGAUUAUAUAUGUACCUUUAUAACAAGUGCUAAAAUAAUUGGAAUGAAAAAAUAGCUAAUAGACAAAAUCUAUUAUGAAAAGAUUUACUUAGUACUCAACACAGUACAAUUUAGUGCCAAGAGUCAAACUCAUAAUAGUAUUGAUAAUGUGUAGUUAGAAGUGAAAGGUGUAUGUCCUGUUAUAUGAUUGUCACCAAUAUAUGUAUGUUUAUGAGGAGUGUAUUGGUUUGUUUAUUGCCUGAGUCACCCUGUAUGUUGUUAAUUCUGUAUACGUGUUAUGUAAAUAAAAUAAUUUUGAUGCAA